AAACUAAAUGGUGGGUCAGGCGGGACGGGCGGUGAAGAUCACACAAGCUUCGAUGGGUUGAAACCUUGAGAGGAAGCUAAGAAGCUAAUAAGCUAAAGGAAGAAUAGGAUUAGUGCGGCCCGCUUUCUUUUUUUCUGCCGUUGGCUCUUCCGUUAUUGAAAAGUGCGACGAGGAAACCCGUCAUCAGUCGAUUUAGCAAAGUGGAAGCUACGGAUUCUGCCAACUUAUAGUUGUUAUAGUCUCUUUAAACUUCCUCAAGCUUCCUAAACUUUCAAUUUACAUAAUUCGUCACUAUAAAUCCCCAAUUGCCUUUCCACAAUGAAGCGCAAAGCCCAAUCGCAAGUUUCAGACCACAAACCCAUGAAGAAAAAGUCCAAAAUCUCAUUGAGCAAUGAGGAUGCCAAAAAGAGAUUUAGGAAGGGUCUCUUCGACAAGGACGUUUUAAAUAAAUAUACCCAGGGUUAUGCCAAAUCUACACCGUACAAGCACAGCGUUAUCCACGGGCUUAUUGACGAUACCCUACUACGAUCUGUCCGCGAGGAGAUCAAGAACAAUGUCUCCUUCACGCCCAAAGAAACGGAUAUCUACAAGAUCCACCAAUCCGGCGACCUUGCGAACCUUGACGGCUUGGACGACGAAGCUCUUGCUAAAUUGCCUUCCCUACUUGCCCUUCGAGACGCAAUGUACUCCCAGGCGUUCCGAGACUACGUCGCCCACAUCACUGGGUGCGGCGCCCUGAGCGGUAGGAAGACAGAUAUGGCCAUUAAUGUCUACACUCCGGGGUGCUAUCUCCUAUGUCACGACGACGUUAUCGGCAGCCGAAAAGUCAGCUACAUCCUCUACUUAACCGAUCCCGACAUCCCUUGGAAGGCCGAGUGGGGCGGCGCAUUAAGGCUGUUCCCCGUACGAAUGAUCAAGAACAAGGAUGGUCAAGUCGCGAAAACACCAUCGCCGGAUAUUUCUAAAGUAAUCCCACCCGCUUGGAACCAGCUGAGUUUCUUUGCCGUCCAACCCGGCGAGAGCUUCCACGAUGUUGAGGAGGUAUACCAUGCUCAAAGCAAGGAACAACUUGAAAAGGAGGGAGGCAGAGUCCGUAUGGCAAUCAGCGGUUGGUUCCACAUCCCACAAAUCGGAGAAGAUGGAUAUGUCGAGGGAGCCGAAGAGAAGUUGGCCAAGAACAGUGGCUUAAUGCAACUGCAAGGAAACCCAGAUCAGUACGACCUGCCACAACUCAACCCCGUCGCUGUUGAGCAACCGCAAUUGAGCUCCCAAGAGGAGUUCGACGAAGCCGACUUAGAAUUUUUACUCAAGUAUAUGGCCCCGACCUACCUCACACCCGACACCCUCGAGCAGAUCUCGGAACAAUUCGACGAAGAGUCGACUAUAACCUUGCCUAAUCUCUUAGGCAAGAAGUUUGCCAAGAAACUAAAGGACUACGUCGCUGCUCAAGAGAGUACACCCCUACCAGAAGACAGCACAGAAAUCGAAAAGGGUCCCUGGCGGGUCGCAAAGCCGCCUCAUAAGCACCGAUAUCUAUAUCUUCAAGCAGACGGCUCCAAGAAGAAGAAUGGAGCCGCAUCAACAGAAGAGUCGCCUAUUAAAGAACUAUUGGAGGAAUUCCUUCCAAGUUCGCAAUUCCGCCGAUGGUUACAGAUCGCCACCAAUUGUGUGAUCGAGAGCCAUGAUUUCGUCGCCCGGCGCUUCCGAAAAGGGAAGGACUACACACUUGCGACCGGGCACGAAGGCAAGCCGCGCUUAGAACUGUCUUUGGGCAUCACGCCGACUACUGGAUGGGGUGGCGAUGAUGACGAAGACGCCGAAAAGUCUGCCGCUGAAGAAGAAAACGGCGAGAGUGGUAAGUCUAACGGCAAAGCAAAGGGUAAGGCUAAGGCUACAGAAGCACCAACCAAGAACAAGAAGGGGAAGAAACAAGUCGAAGAGGAGGAAGAUGAAGAAGAACAGGAAGCGGGAGAAGUCGGCGGUCAUGAAGUAUACAUGGCCGGCGACGACGAUGCCGCGGACGAAGACGCUGCUAUAUAUAAGUCGGGUGGAGGUGAUGACGGCGACAAUAUCCUAUUCUUUGAAGCUGCUUCUUGGAAUAAAAUGUCCCUCGUCCUACGUGAUAGUGGCGCGCUUAAGUUCGUCAAGUACGUUAGCCGACGCGCCCCUGGUGAUAGGUGGGAUAUCUCUGGUACGUUCGAAGUUGAGGAGCCCGAGGACGAUGACGAAGAUGGUGAGGCACAAAAUGGUGAGAAUGGUGUCGGCGUGCUAGAUGAUACGGAAGAAGAAUGGAAUGGAUUCUCUUCUUCGUCAGAUAGUGAUUCCGACUAGGCUAUCUAUCUACAGCUAUCUAUAUGUGUAUAUGGAGGAGUCCCUAGUUCCUAGCUAAAAGGAGUGCAUGUUUGAGGAGUUAGAUACCAGAUGAUUGAUAAUGAUGAUGACAACUUUUUUCAACUUGAUUUAACAUUAUAUAUAUCAUUGAACGAACGCGCUCUAAAUGCGUCUUAGCUGAUGCUAAUGAUGAUACUGAUGCCAUGCUACCUGAUGAUCAGGCCAAAAAAACUCGUUUAAACCC